AUGCAGAGCGCAAUGAAGAGUAAAGUGGACAAGGUAUUAAACAGUCUUGUGCAACAUAUGACACAUAGCCACGAGCACAUAGAGGCACUUGGUGCAAAUUGUAAUAAUACUCAUUGGGAUGAUUUCACACAAGGGAUAUACCAUAGGGGCCAGACGGUGGGUGACAUGAUGAGAUGUAGAUACGUGACUCUUGCAUUGUAUUAUGCAAACGGUUGGGAUGCAGGGGGGAACAACACAGACGAGGAGACCGCGCAACCAAACACACAGGAACAGACAAUGAACGAAAGGCUAAGGUGUGAACUAGCAAACACUUUUGGAUCUCUACUGAGAGAAAGGUACUGUACACGUAAGCAAACAUGGAAUAGAGGUGUGGAGUAUGCUUGGAACGUAAUGACACAUAUCGGCUCAAACAAAUAUGGGGGACAAACGCUCCUGGGUCCUGUUAUGGACGGAAGAUGUACGCUGUGUGGGUACAAAGGCAGUUGGACGCAAAGAGGAAUAAUAAAUGGGGACAUCGCACAGUGGUUAGUAGACCAAGGAAUAAUGACAGAAAUAGCACACAUAGAGCAACAGAUGCCCUGUGAAAAGGAUUGGAAAAAGUAUAAAGAGCAAAUGGGCGGUACUGACAACAAGGUUAUAGAGGAGGCAAAAAUACCUGAAGUGAAACAAAUAGAGAAAAAAGUGGUAGAAGAAACCCAGCAGGUAAUUGAGAAAGUAAAGGACAAAAUAGACCAGGAAAUUGCAAAGGCUGACGUGUGCAGCCACGACGGGAGCGUGGAACGUGCCGCGCAGCGGCGACCACGAGUCUUGACGAGUGUGGGAAUGGUCAAUAAAUAUACACAGCAAGAUGAAGGGAAACACAGGAACGAACAAAGCACUGCAGACAGCACGGUAUGUGGCGGAAGAAAGGACAUUCGAGCACGCACACGAAAACAGAAACCUAACUUUAUUCCCACCGAUCCGCCAUAA